AUGUCGAUAGUAUCGCAGACCCUGCAGGGUGCAGUGCUGAGCAUAACUUCAAACGUGCUUGCGCAAGCCAUAUCAUCCUACAAAGACAGCACGCCCUUCACCCUCAACUAUGCCACGGUCUUCAAGUUUGCGCUCUUCAGCGUCCUCAGCACCCCACCCAACAUAGUCUGGCAAGGCUACCUCGAAGACCAAUUCCCUACCAACGUGCCCUCCGCCGCCCCACCGUCCGAGAAGCCAGGCUCGAAGCCCGACCCCACCAAGACGUCGCUCAGCAAGACAAACGUCCUUAUCAAGUUCCUGCUUGACCAGACCAUCGGCGCCGUCGUCAACACGCUCAUGUUCCUGAGCUACAUGGCCUAUGUCAAUGCGCAGGGCAAGCCGGGCGUCAACGCCAUGGACGUGGUCACGAGCGACUGCGCGAAUAAGCUGUGGCCGAUGAUGAAGGAUGGAUACAAAUUCUGGCCCGCGAUAAGCCUCAUCAGCUUCCUGUGGGUGCCAGUAGACAAGAGGAUUGUCUUUGGCUGCUCUGUGGGCGUCGUGUGGGGCAUAUACUUGAGCCUGGCCGUGGGCGCAUAG